UUAGUGUUUUGUGAACAUGGCGGCUGGGGCAGUGCGCCUGACAAGGAGAGGAUCUGACAUUGGACUUAAAACUGAAUUCUGUGCUCGUCCAAAGACUGGGAUCCUGUGGUAUAAAGGUACACGGCGUGUAUCGUCGUUGUCUGCCUGGUUUCUGUUGGAAAACAUCGUAAACACGAGCGGCAAAGGAGCUCGAUGUGUGUCGGACUCUCCCACAACGGAUUGGUGUACAAGGGUCAAGCCAGUGAUUUCCACCCUGGACAUUUAUUAUCAGAAGGAAUCGGCUACAUUUUAUGGACCGAAACGCGUCAAGCGAAUUCAAAACUAUGGCAGGCGACUUCUAGACAGCCAAGGGUCAAGAAAUUACUCUUUAGUUUUUAUUAGGGCGUACAGUGGCAAUGGUGGUUACCAAGAGCCAUUGUACAAAAGCAAAACGGGCUACUACGAUAUUUUAGGAGUUUCAGCAAAUGCCACUCAAGCCCAAAUCAAAACUGCAUACUACAAACAGUCGUUCGCGUAUCACCCGGACAGAAAUGCGGGAACUGAGGAGGCUACGCUGCGCUUCUCGGAGAUAAACGAAGCAUACACUGUUCUUGGCAACAAAGCUCUGCGCAAAAAGUACGACCGCGGGUUACUGAGCUCCUCAGACCUCACAGCUUCUGCCAGACCCUCUACUAAAGACACUCCCACACCAAGCUCCGCCAAGCAGCAACGCGAUCCCAGAAGGCCCAUGAUGGGCCAGGAGGAAAGCGCGCGGGUGUUUGACUUCGACAAGUUCUUCAAAUCCCACUACGGUGAGCAGCUGCAGAGGGAGCAAGACAUCCGUGUGCGCAAAGUGGAGAUGCUGAGGAAGAAAGAAGAGACCAUGGCGGAACAAAGAAUGGACCGAGUGAUGGGGUUUGGGGUGGGGAUGCUCCUGGUGAUGGCCAUAGGGAUAUUUAUCAGCCUCAAACGGAGCUGAAAAGCGCAAUAGGCCUACAUUAUGAAAAGCUUUUAAGUGUCUUGAAUCAGUUUUCUGCAGCUGAAGACGACAUUGUCAUUUCUGCAUCACUGUCAAUGCAGAGAUUUUGCUGUUUUCAUUGUGCAAUACCCGCAGAACUGGUAUUAACUGUUUUUAACUGCUACUCAAACACGAGUUGAGAGAGGGGUUGGAACUGAUGUUGGGAAAAUUAUAGACAUACGUGACUGUCAUAGUUGGCACGUAGUCAUUGCUCAUCUACGACUUUUAUAAAGUUGCUAAUUUACUUGAAAGGCAUUGCAGCAAUGUCUUAAAAGUGCCCAGAGAGCAGUGGGCUCAUAACUUAAAUAAAUGGUUUUAACAUAACUUAAUUAGAAGUUAGAACAUGGGUUUGUUUUUUCUGUUUGCCAAAUAAAUAUAGAAUGCAAACAAUACCAAAAA